AGCACUUUGUACAUACAAAGGUUAGGCUUCCUACACAAACGGUUGGGAAAUGAUGUGGGUGAUCUGACAGAAUUUCUCUUCUCGCCGCACACAAUCACUGCCAUCAUGAACUCCAAGCCUCUUUUCUUCUGCCUCUUCCUUGUAUUGCUCAUUCUACCUGUUCAAUUACAUAAACAAGAGAAGCAUGGAAAACAUCAGAAACAGGAAAAACACACCAAAAAAACUGAAAGAAAGUACAGAAGACAUGAGGAUAUUCUGAAGGACCCAUUCUUUGAGAUCGUAGAUGAACCAGGUGAGGACGAUAGUGAUGAACCUGACUGGCUUUAUGAACUCCAAGAACCAGAUGGCCAAUGCAACCCAAACCCUUGCCUCAAUAACGGUGUGUGUGAGGAGAAGGGAAAGAGAAGGUUCAAAUGUGACUGCCCCAAGCCAUUCAAGGGCAAGAAGUGCCAGAAAGGGCCCAAAAGGUGUAAUAGGGGCACGUGUGGCCGUGGCGAGUGCGUGUUGACCUCUAAACCACCUUUCUACGCGUGCAAGUGCAAGCAGCCCUUCCUGCCCCCAGACUGCAAAUCACUUGCGGUGUGUCAGCCUAACCCCUGUAAGAAUGGAGGCUUGUGCGUCAAGGAUGGCAUGGACUUUGACUGCCUCUGCCCAGAAGGCUUCAGUGGACGUUUCUGUAAUGUUGGCCCAGAUGACUGUUACAAGCUCAAGGAUGACGGGGAGUCAUAUCGCGGCAACGUGAGUGAGACAGAUGAUGGAGAGGAAUGUCUCUACUGGAACUCCCAUUUCAUCCUGGAGAAAGGCUCUGAUCCCUUCAAUGACUUUGAGGAUGACGAUGGACUAGGCCCUCAUAACUUCUGCAGAAACCCAGAUGGUGACACUCAGCCAUGGUGCUUCAUAAGAAGAGGGCGGGUGCUGCUGUGGGAUCACUGUGGCGUCAGGGAGUGUGCUAAGCCCACAGCCAUGGUCACAACAGAUGCUGGUCCCAAGCCUACGACUGGUCCGAAGCCCACUACUACAACUACUACAACUACCAAGCCUACUACUCGUCCCAAACCCACUACUACAACUACUACAACUACCAAGCCUACUACUCGUCCCAAACCCACUACUACAACUACUACCACAACACCCAAGCCUAAACCAACACCGGCCAAACCCUCAGCAGGUCCAGAGAAACCUACAGCGCCAAAGCCCAGUGGAGUCCCACGACAGACCACAGCUAGCCCCACCUCUGAUAAGCAGUUCACCAGCUGUGGAAAGCCCCAGCCGAAGAAGGCCAUCACCAGGAUCUACGGAGGCUUGAAGGCCGUCCCUGGAGCCCAGCCCUGGCAGCUGUCCCUGCAGGUCCGACCCAAGGGCUCCAGCCAGGCAUACAGGCACAUCUGUGGAGCGGUGCUCAUCGAUAGCUGCUGGGCCCUGACUGCCGGCCACUGCAUUGAUCCAAAGGACCAGAUGCAGGUGGUGGCUGGGAGUCUGACUCUAGGAAAGGAUGUGCCCAUUGGGCAGACGAUCACAGUGGAGAAAGCCACACGGCAUGAGAAUUACAAGGAGACAUCCAGAGCUGUUUACAAUGACAUAGCGGUGCUGAAGCUGAAAGCCACAGAUGGUCGCUGUGCCAGAGAGAGCCAGUUUGUGAAGGCAGCCUGCUUGCCUAAUAGCCCAGUCACUGAUGGGACUGAAUGCACCAUCUCUGGAUGGGGCACUACUGAGGACUCUGACAACGGCUCCAACCACCUACUGGAUGCCCAGGUGCUGCUGAUCAGCCAGGAGAGCUGCUCAAGCAGCAAAGUCUAUGGAAGCGCCAUAGACAACACCAUGUUUUGUGCCGGUUACCAGCAGGGAGGAGUGGAUUCCUGCCAGGGUGACUCUGGAGGGCCGCUGACGUGUAACAAGGAGGGCUCCCAUUUCAUCUACGGCAUCGUGAGCUGGGGAGACCAGUGUGGGUUGAAGAACAAGCCUGGGGUCUACACACGGGUCUCCCACUACCUUGACUGGAUCAAGUCAAAGACACAAGCAGCAUAGCUGGGCUAUGCCAGUCCAUAUAGUUGCAGGCAUUGGAAAGUUAGAUCACGGCACGGUAUUGGCAGAACAAUUCCGCAAUGCAUAUGCAACAUGGUGCUUUAGUGUCUUCUAGUGGUAGUUUAUCACAAAAACCCUGCGGUAGCAAGUGCUAAAAUAGGUGUCUCUUAAUUGGACCGCUACUGAGUAAUCAUUGAUUUAUAUUUUGAACAUAGCUGACAUGCUGUCAUUCCAGGAUAUAAAAUGACCGACGACUGUAAGAGAACAAAACCAUUAAACGUCCCUCUAUGGACCUUCCUGCAAAGAUGGGGAUUCUGAA